CUGCACCACACUCUGGUCCACAGCUACCUAGCUGCGCUGCAUUUUGCAGCUCAACAAGGCGCAGCGGCACAGCAUUUCUCUAGGUACCUAGCAUACUGCUGCAUAGGUAGGUAGAGAACAUGGAGCCGCCCACCGGCUCUGGCGAGGUUGCAGGCUCAAGCAACAAAGCUGAUGCAGCUUUGGGCUACAGGUACUGGACAGGGAAGCCUGGCGAUGGGGUGGAAGCUCCGGCGCCAAAGCCGGUGCCCAAGAAAUUGAGUCAAGAGGAGUUGGCACAAACUGCACAGGCGGGACCCAGCUCGGGAGGAAGCGCCUGGAACAAGGCUGGCACGUGGGAGGAAAGGAAUCUGACCGCCUGGGGCAAGGACCGUUUAGGAGAACUGCUGAAGGAGUUGGACGAGAUCUCAUUCCCGGAAGGGAGGGCAAGAGUCACGGAGAUGUCAUCCUGCACUGGUGAUGCGACACAAUUUUUUGUGCGUGGCAAGCGACGCUGUGGUUACCACUUUGAGAUCGAUCUGAAGUGGAAAGGUACAUUCAAAGAGGAAGAAGUGACUGGCAUGCUGAAAAUACCAGAGGCUGCCUUCGGGGAGCUCGAUGAGGUCACGGUGGAGACGACGUUUGAUAGCAGUAAGGUCUUGACUACAGAUUCCAAGGUGUCGAUACGAACAGCUUUUAGCGCCCUUGUACCUGCUAUUGUAGAGAGGCUAUCGAUCUUUGAGGAGGAACUGAAGGAGCGGUGAAUACAUUAGGCACGGGGAGCAUCAAAGUGUUUUUGGAAGGUCGAUAUAGGAACAACAUAGUCCGAAGGAGGAGCGACUUUGCCAUCCUCUGAAAGAUUGCAUGCAUAACGAAAAAAUAAUCAGAGCCCGGACCACUGACAACUUUAUGAUGUAGGCAAGCUUCAUGGCGUGUCAAAGUCGAUGAGUAGGGUGUCCACUGCU